GUGUCGCCUCGAGGACGUCUGCCGGUUCGAGGGCUCGAAAUACCUGGACCUGGCUCAUACGAAAACAGAUAUCUGGGAAGUCCGUUGUCGCCAUGGGACAUGUUCCUGCAAGUCGGCAGAAACCGGCAAACAAGCCUCCACCGACAGGCGUGUGGCACGUCAAGCACCUUUCUGGGAAGUUCGGCUCAGCAAGCCGUUCCACUGGUUUACGGGAAGCGAUGCCCCGCCCUGCUUGGAGCGAGCCCUGGCAUCGCGGCCGCUGCGGUGCGAACGGUGAUGCGUCGCGGGCGGCGGAAAUGGAAGGAGAAGCUUCGGCGAUUCUGGCCAGGGACGCCCAAAGUCACGGCUGCCCGUACCGUGGAUGCCAAGCUACGUCAAUUGGAAGAUGCUCGCGCAAGUGCUGAUGAGAGCAAGCUGAGAGAAGCGUUGGAAGCUGCGCGCCAGGAUAUUGAUCCCGAGCGAUCUGAGCGGCCGGAGGGCGCUGAUGCCCUGGUGGAGAGUCUGGAGCAGACGGAAGUCGCCUUGAACUGCAUUCUGGUGGACCGUGCGCUGAAGAAUCUGAAAGAGGUCAUGGGAAGCGGGGAUGAAGCACAGCUACGAGAUGCAAUCCAGGCGGCGCGGGAUGUGGAGCUCCCACUUUCUCAGCUGCAACCGGCCGAGAAAGCCUUGACCGAAAUGGUUCAAGAGCGAGAGCUCAAGGUGCUGCGAAGCGCCACAGUCGGAGACGAUGAGACCCAGCUCCGGAAUGCAAUUCAAGAGGCCCGCCUAGCCGGUCUGGCCGAUCUUCCAACCGACGAAGUCGACAAAGCUCAGGAUGCACUGAACGAGCUAAUUCUGGCUCGCGAACGCAAAGCCUUGAGCGAUGCUAUGGAGACUGGGGAUGAGAUACAGCUGCGGGGUGCGAUAAGCGAUGCCAGCAAGGCUGACGUGCCCGUGGAAGAGGUGGAGGAAGCGCAGAAGUUCCUGCAGACGCUCACCCUGCGGAGGCGAGUGGACUUUCUGGAGAAGGCCAUCGGCAGCCGAGACGAGGGCCAGCUGCGGGAGGCCAUCGCGGCGGCGCGGAAGGCGUCGCCGACUUCGCUCCCCGAAGACGGCUCGGAGCUAGCCCGGGCCAAUUCCAUCCUCGGACAAGCGCAGGCCACUCUGAAGGACAUCUUCCUGGAGAAGGAGCUGAAGCAGCUCCAGGAUGCCGUGACCAGUGGCGAUGAGGACCAACUACGCGAGGCUUUGACCCAGGCAAGGGCACUGGACCUGCCGGAGGAGGAAUGCUCUCGUGCGCAAGAGCAGUUGAACAGCCUCGUUCUCGCUCGGAAGCUCAAGCGCCUGAGAAAUGCGGCCGGCAGUGAUGACGAGGGCCAGCUGCGGGCGGCGAUCACGGAGGCGCGCAAGGAUGGCCUCCCUGCAGAGGAGCUGGAAAGGGCGAACGACGCACUCUCUGCUUUGGUGCGGCAGCGGGACGUGACGGAGCUCCGAGAGGCUGCAGCUAGCGGAGAUGAAGAGCUUCUACGGGAGGCCAUCUUGGAGGCUAAGCAGCUGGAGCUGCCCACCGAGGAGGUCGACACGGCCCAAGCUGCUCUUACUGUUCUGGUGCAGCGACGCUCUGAGCGACAACUGGAACAGUCAAUGGCCGCCGAUGAGUCCGAGCUCAAAGCCGCCAUUGCCGAGGCGCGCAAGGUGGGCCUCUCCGAGGAAGUGAUCGAUAAGGCGAAGGAGACGUUGCGCCAGAAGGCCCGUGCCAGGAUCUCCAAGUACUUGCAGGAUGCGACGGAUUUGCAGGAGGAGGAACAGCUCAGGGAUGCUUUGGCAGAGGCUAGAAAGGCAGAUGUAGCUGCCGAGGAUAUAGAGGCGGCACAGGCCGCUUUGACAAAGCUGGUUUCCGAUCGGCUGGUGGCAGGCCUUCGCAUUGCCACUCAAGGCAACGAGACAGAGCUUCGUGAGGCGAUUCGCGAAGCAAGGCGCCAGGAACUGCCAUCUGUGGAAAUCGACAAAGCUCAAGAUGCCCUGGCCGAGAUGGUCGCGACCAAAAAGUUAGCCUGGCUCCGACGAAAGCUCGAAACCAUGGUGGAUUGCGAGGACGAAGACGAGGUGCGAGAGGUGCUGAAAGAGGCACGCGCUGCGCAAAUCAGUGGCGAGGAACUCGAGAACGCCCGGGGCCGUCUCACGGACCUCGUGAUGAUCCGGGAAUUAACGGAAUCCUAUACUAGGGUGUCUCUACGCACGGUCAUCGAGGAGGCCGAGCUCCGAAAGCUAGAGCAUCCAGCCUUGGAUGUUGCCAGGAGCAAGCUCGCGGCCAUCAACCGUUUGAAGGAGGCCGAGCAGUCGCGAAUCCCGCAAGUGAUCGAAGCUGCCCUGGCGCACGGCAAAAGCCUCCGUAUUGACCCGGACGUCAUCAGCAGUGCCGAAGGCGUUUUGGAAAGGGAACUGGGGAUACAACGAUUCGGGCUCAAGCACGACAAGGUCAUUCAAGAGAGAGGUGGACACGCAUUGCCAAUACCGGUUCAAGAGCGCUUUCGGAGUACCGAUCUCUUCUUGACAUUGUUGCAAGUUGUGUCCAGCAGGACUUUGCAGCAGGUUGCGAUGCCCGUCGCCGUCUGCACGAUCUGGGCUGCAUGCUGCGCUGCCAUUUCUUCAUGGCGUCACGCCCUUCCGGAAUCAGCCUGGAGGCUCAACCAGUUCUUGGUGACUCCACUCGGCUUGCUGCUGACAUUUCGCACGCAGCAGUCAAUAGCGAGAUUCAACGAAGCAGUGACGAACUGGGGCAAGAUCUCCAGCCUUUGCAGAAGUCUGUCACGGACGCUGUUCUACCAUGAUGAGCGGGUACCACGAGAUAUUCACCGCCAGCUUGCGCAAGACAUAUGCUUGUUCCCCGAAGUUCUGCGUGAGCACCUGGAGAACCGGCGCACCAAGCUCCUUAACAUCACGCGCGACGACGUCAAUAAGCCAUUGGCUUUGUUGGACCGCGUGCACUCUCGUAUCUCCGGCUUGCUCAUGCUUGAGCUGUCUGAGAGGAGCCAGCUUCUCAGAUUCGUGGAGCAGCUCUCCGACCUGGUCAGUCCUUGCGAAAGCGUCGUGCAGACACCCGUGCCACAAAGCUACGUCAGGCACACUGGCCGCUUUCUGGCCGUUUGGCUGCUCAGCUUGCCUCUGGCCCUGGCUCCAGAGACAGGUUGGCUCACGGUGCUUAUUGAGCUCAUCGCAUCUUGGGGCUUGCUGGGCAUACAGGAGAUUGGACUUCGUCUGGAGGAUCCGUUCAACGGUCAGGUCACGAUGCAGGUUUUCAUCACCACCGUGGCCAAGGAAGUACGGCAGAGAUAUGUCUUGGUGGUAGAAGAACUACUCCGAGCACAUGCAAAUGACCAGCUGGAAGAUAUGUGUCAACGUUGGUCUCAUCGAUUUGACUCGCGAUUCCUUCGAAUUCUCCGCGAUGAGCAGCGUUUGGCGGUAGAGGAGAGCCGGCGAACAUCGCUAGCAGCUGUUCUGGAUUCUGUCAAAGAGUGGCGGGAAAAUUCGCGUCCGACUACUCAGAAGCAGUGGCCGUUCGGUUGCUCCACAGCCACGGGCCGUUUCGAGGCUCCGGAGUCUACUCCGGGGCCCGGGGACUACGAGUCGAAACCUGGCUCCAUGCUCAACCAGAUGCAUGCUUCUGAGCUGAUGCUGAAGGAUGUCGGACAGGCAGUUCUGAGGGAGACCUACACUCGGACGGUUUGCCCAAACCUCCUUGACCGUAGAAAUGCGAUGACUGCUGAUCUCGACCCAUGGACUGCUUUAGACGACGAGAAAGAAUCCGUCGGGGAAGAGGAGUGGGAUCAGCUCAGUGCAGAACUCGAUAAUGACACUGGCGAGGUAGAGGUGACGGUGCAAGAGGAGGACAUCGGCUUUUCAAAGGCAACCAGCAGCGACGCUGCUCCAUGGGCUGCUCUCGACGAGGAGGAGGAGUCCGUCGGGGAGGAGGAGUGGAAGCUCGAAUCUCACGACGAUGAUGUAGAGGUGGUGGUUGAAGAUGACGAGUUCCUGGAAGACGAACUUCCAGAGCUGCAGGAGGAGUUCGAAGAGCUGAGGGAUCUAAAAGAGAUCGGAGAGCAAAACGGAGAACCCCAGGGCGAGAGCGAGGAGGAAGAGGUGGUGCCCGGACGGGAAGACGAUCUGAAGUUGUCAGAUGUUCCCGAAGACAUGCGGGAAGCGGUUCAAGGCAGUUUGAGCUUGAAGCGGGUGUUGGAAAAGACGUACGGCAGCCUUCCGUCAGAGGAGCCCGAUGCAAAGAGGCGGCGAGAGGAGCCGCCGUUGGAGGGGCCACGGCAGGAGCUGAUAGACCGCUGGAAGCUCCACUGGGACCCAGCAGUGAGGUACGUCAUGCAGACCGCCGAGAUUGCGGAUGUCGAAGCCGUUGCCAAGACCUCUUGGAAGCCCAUGGCAAAUCCUCCUCGAGUCAAUGGCCGUGACCCGAAGUCCAAUGCCGAGCAGGUGAAUGAGAAAUUCCUCCUUGCAAGGGAGGACAAGCUGUGCUCCAAAGAGGCUGUCAGCAUUUUGGAAGCUUGGAACCGGAGGUGGGGCCUCCAAGCCGAAGAUCUGUCGCGCCUGCGGUCGGCAAGCCACAAAAGCCUCAGAUACGUGAUGCAGGAGUACGAUGGCAAGCGGCCGAUCCUGGAACUGCUGGACGAAGCGGCUGCCCAGGUGGUCGAGGAAAGCGAAAAGACGGAGGAUGCCCUGCCCGAUAAUCCUGGGCUCUUUACGCUCAGCAGGUUCAACAGAUUGGAGCUGAUCGACUCCAUGGCAGAUGCGCUAGUCCUCGGCGAUGCCAACCUUACCUUUUCCGCCUUGCUCGCGGAGCACCGGGAAGGCCUCGGGCACGUGGGGCGCGUGGUUGCCACCACGUUUGAGACUAUCGAAAUCCUGCGAGAGCGAUAUUCGGAGAUCGAUCAGACAGUGAAGGCCCUGGAAGACAAGAUGUCUGAGGUGCUUCACAAUGUGGAUGCCACGAGGCUCGCAGUGGAUCCUCGCUUCCAGGGCAUGGAGAAGAAGUUUGGGGCCGUGUAUUACAAUUUUCCACAUGCAGGUGCCAUACAAGGUUUUUUUGACGGUCAUCCGUUUGUCCGUUGGCGCCAUGAAAACCUCAUGCAUUUGUUCUUCCGGGCUUUGCGGGGCUUCGUGAAAAAAGGUGGAGUUGUCAAGGUGGCCUCGAACUGCAACGCGACCGGCGUGCGAUAUUCUGACAUUGUCUUGGGAGCGCAGAACAGCGAGUUCAUCCACGUGGAGACCUUUCCAUUCCUGGAGUGGCAGCUCAGAAACUAUCGCCGUUCCUACGGCGAUCGUCGCGACAAGGGACGGCGACCCGAUGACGGCGAGAUCUACCGGUCCCAAAGGGCUCAGAGAGACAUGGUUUACUGUUUCCGUUACGAGCCUUCGGGAGACAACCCACCAAAGCCAACUGUCCGGGAGCCGCCGUCGAGAGCGCAGCUCAUGGCUGCCAGAGAAGGCAAGCUUCAGAAGAUGAACGGAAAGGAGCGCGAACGGCGAGUUCAGGAGAUCGGCGAUCUUUUCAAAGCGUAUGCGGCAGGUGUUUCAAUGGCCCUGCAGGUUAAGCAUGUUCAGCAACUCGCCACAGGUCGACCCCAGAGUGGCAACGGCAUGGAGAUGCCAGGUUUCGGCUCUUCCACAGCAAGGAAAAUCGUUUCCAGCCCUCGGAGCCUCUCUCCCAAUGCGUCUGUAAGCAGCACGAAGAAUGUCCAGCACGGUGGAACGCCCUCGGAAGUGGGGCCUGGAACCUACGACUCCCGGAAGCCCUCGCUCGCACGAGCUGCUGGCGCAAAGUUCGCCGCAUCACAGCGAUUCGCUCCUCCGGAGAGAACUGCAUCACCGGGACCUGGGGAGUACGACCCACCUGCAAAGAGCCGGCCCAAGGGGCAUCGCUUUCCGAACACAAACCCGAGGCCGAGCAUUAUGGCGGCAGCGUCAAAGACCCGGACCCCUGGCCCUGCCUGCUACGACACUCUGACCGCGACUCGUGGCAACAUCAAGCGAACUCCAGGCUACUCCAUGUGUGGUCGCCCACAAGAGACCCGAGAGACCUCCCCGGGGCCUACAGAUUAUGGUGGCGCCUACACGCUGCAAGCUCGCCCAGCUGUGAUAUGUUCCGAUGAUGUCUGGCGGCCGGUACUUUCAGAGAGUGGUGGCUGCCGAGACGUCACGUUCAGAGCAUGUCGCGAGUUCAUGGACCCAUAG